AAAUGAGAAUCAAUUAUUGUACAGCCAAGUUCCUUGAAGCUCUCCACGAGAGAGAACAAAAGCAAAGAGCAAAGGCUCCAAUUUACUUCUGAAGGUUCCAUCUCAUUUCUCAACAAAUUACAAAUUCCUCACAUGGUGGUGGUCUUUAGUUCUUAAAUUCUCUUAACUGUGAAGCAAUUUUGAUCUUCAAGAUCAUUCACCGGUUGCUUUCCCAUCUUCCCUUAGCUCUUGAGUUGUUUGGAGUAUGCUAUUCUUGAGUUCUUGAUUCCAUCACUAUCUCCUCUACUGCUGUUACUUUCCUUUUCUCCUCUUUCAGUUCUUGAAAAGGGAGUGAGAGAGAGCAAGAUGGCAGAAGCAGUUCCAUUUGGGAUAGCUACCAACAUACUAAUGAAGUUGGGUUCGUCCACCUUUCAAGACAUCGGAGCCACAUAUGGUGUGAAAAAGGACUUGCAGAAGCUUGAAAACACACUCUCCACCAUUAAAGCUGCGCUGCUAGAUGCUGAAGAAAGGCAAGAGAAGAGCUAUUUGGUGCAAGACUGGAUAAGGAAGCUUAAAGAUGUUGUUUAUGUAGCUGAUGAUGUUUUGGACACAUUUGCAACAAAAGCUUUGAAGCAUCAACUGGAAAGUAAUGGUUUAAGGAUCAAAGAACAUGUAAGUGAAUUCUUUUCCAUGUCGAAUCAGCUUGCUUUUCGAUUCAAGAUGGCUCGAAAGAUAAGAUAUAUAAGAGAGAAAGUGGAUGAUAUUGCUGCUGAUAUGUCAAAGUUCAAUUUUAAAGAGAGAGUGGUUGAGAGAGAGGAAAAUAGGCAGAGGGAGCAGACUCAUUCUUUUCUAUCAACCUCAGAAAUUAUUGGGAGGGAUCAGAAUAAGGACGAGAUAGUGAACUUGUUAAUGUGUUCAAGCAAUCAGGAAAAUGUGUCUGUUCUUCCCAUUGUUGGAAUUGGUGGGUUGGGCAAGACAACUCUUGCUCAGUUGGUGUAUAAUGAUACUAGGGUGGUCAAUUCUUUUGAGAAAAGGAUGUGGGUUUCUGUCUAUGAAAAAAUUGAUGUUGGAAUUAUUGUUGCUAAUAUUAUUAAAUCAAUAAAGAAAAUUGAUCCAGGAAACUUGGAACUGGACCAAUUGCAAUUGUGCCUCAGGGAAAACUUGGAGGGGAAGAGAUAUUUGCUUGUCUUGGAUGAUGUAUGGGAUGAAAGCCAUGAGAGAUGGGUUUGUCUGAAAAAUCUGUUGUCGAUUGGAGCUCGAGGAAGUAAGAUUUUAGUGACUACUCGAAGUAGAAAAGUUGCCUUUGUCUCGGGCAUUAAGUCCCCUUACAUUUUGCAAGGUCUAGCAGAAGAUGAUUGCUGGGAAUUGUUUGAGCGCCUCACAUUUGGAGAGGACAAAGAGGGAGUGAAUUCGAGCUUGAUAACAAUUGGAAAGGAAAUUGUGAGCAGAUGCAAAGGAGUUCCUCUUGCUGUGAAGAGUUUGGCAUGUGCAAUGAGAACAAAAACUGAAGAAAGUGAAUGGUUGGCCAUUCAAAAUGCUGAAAUUUGGAGGUUUUGUUUAGAUGAUAAUGAAAUUCUACCCGUACUGAGGUUGAGCUAUGAUCAUUUGCCAAUCCCUUUAAGACAAUGCUUUGCAUUUUGCUCAAUUUUCCCAAAAGACUUCAUAGUCCAAAAAGAUAAGUUGAUCCAGUUAUGGAUAGCACAGGGUUAUAUUCACUCCAUCAGUGGAAAUGAGUAUUUGGAGUAUCUCGGUGAUCAAUACUUUAAGGAUUUAGUGACUAUGUCUUUCUUUCAAGAAGUAGAAAUAGAUGAGUAUGGGAACAUUAAAAGCUUUAAGAUGCAUGAUCUUAUUCAUGAUCUUGCACAGAUAGUUGCAGGAACAGAUUGUGCUAUUGCCGGAAGUACUGAUACUGGGAAUAUUUCUGAGAGAGUACAUCACAUCUCCUUUCAACAUCCCUCCUAUUCUCCUGACAUUCCUAAGCAUUUACUGGAAGCAAAGAGCAUGCGGACUUUCUUUUUGCCAGAUUACUGUGGAUUCACCAAUGAAUCAACACCAAAUACUGUGAUUUCGAGCUUUAAAUGCCUACGUUCGUUGGACUUGCAUCACUCGUGUAUUAAGGAGUUGCCUGAUACUAUUGGUAAGUUGAAGCAUUUGAGAUAUCUUGAUCUUUCUAAUAAUUUUGACAUGGAAAGCCUUCAUUGUUCGAUAUGUUAUUUGCUUAAUUUGCAAACAUUGUUACUCUCGAAUUGUACAAGUCUUCAACAGCUGCCGAGGGAUCUUGGAAAGCUGAUAAGCCUUAGACACCUUAUGAUUGAUGGGUGUGAUAGGUUGACUUGCAUGCCGUUUGGGUUGGGAAAACUAACUUCCAUCCAAACAUUAUCGCGGUUCAUAAUUGCAGUGAAUGAAGACAGUGCUCUAGGUAGUGCAAAGACCAAUGAGUUGAGUGGCCUAAAUCAAUUGAGAGGUGAAUUAUGUAUUGAAAACCUUGGAAAUGUCAAGAAUAUUGCAUUGGAGUCCAAAGCAGGAAAUCUAAAAGGGAAGAAAUUCCUCCGAUCCCUUAUUCUGAACUGGGGGUCAUCAGUUAGAGCUAAUGAGGAUGGACAUGAUGAAUUAUUGAUGCAAAACCUGCAGCCACACUCAAAUUUGAAGGAAUUACAUGUGCAAGGCUAUGGAGGUGUGAGGUUCUCAUCUUGGCUCUCCUUGCUUAAAAACAUUGUUAAAAUUACAAUAAAGAAGUGUAACCGAUGCCAACAUCUGCCACCUCUACAUGAACUUCGCCAUCUCAAGUUCCUCAGUCUUGAAGAGUUGAUGAAUCUUGAGUGCAUAGACAAUGGCACUGGGCAGCUCUCAUCAUCUGCAAUAUUCUUCCCAUCCUUAAAAGUACUUUCACUUGUUGACUUGCCUAAUUUAAAGAGAUGGUGGAGGGGAGAAGCAGUUGUUGAGUCAAGGAACGAUAGUGAUAGUGCAUCGACGUCACUUGGUGAGCAUCAGGAACCCCAACCUGCAGUACCACCUUCAUUUCCUCGUCUUUCUAGCUUAAAGGUUCACCAUUGCUUUAACUUGACAUCAAUUCCUCUGCAUCCGUACCUUGAAGAGCUGUAUCUGUAUGAAGUAAGUGAGGAACUUCUGCAGCAACAGGGACUGAUGAUGCUCACUAUGAUGACAAUGAGGAUCUCUAUGAUGAUGAUGAUGAUGGCAGCUUUACAGAGCCCAAAAGAAUCUUCCUCCUCCGGUUCUCUACUUCCCCAUGAUUCCUUCAUUGCCUCUCCUCUUUCUAAAUUAAAGUCUCUACAACUCGUGAGAAUUGAUGAUUUAGAAGCUUUGCCAGAAUCAUGGUUGCCAAACCUCACAUCACUUGAGCUUGUAAAGAUUGAGGAGUGCCCAAGACUAUCAAGUUUGCCGCGACAAGGUUUCAAGGCCUUGACUUCUCUACGAAAUCUGAGGAUCUACAGGUGUGAAGGGUUAAAGUCUUUGUCUAAUGGGAUUCAACAUCUCAUUGCUCUUGAGGAACUGAGGAUAAGGAGUUGUGAGGAGCUUGAUCUUUCAGACGAUGGUAUGCAAUUGCAAGCCCUUAAAAAGCUUCAUUAUCUGGAAUUCAAUGAUAUUCCAAAAUUGGUUCUUCUUCCUAGAUGGAUUAAAGACAUCCCUAGUCUACAAGAAUUGCAGGUUGAAGAAUGUAAAAAUUUGGUUGCUUUGCCAGAGUGGAUAGACAGCCUCACAUCACUUCAAAGACUUAAAAUUUCCUAUUGCCCCAGAUUGAGUUCAUUGCCGGAUAGGAUUUGCAACCUUGCUGCUUUACAAAAGCUUUGCAUUUGCAACUGCCCUCACCUAUCUAAAAGAUGCAAGAAAGCCAGAGGAGCAGAUUGGCCCAAAAUUUCUCAUAUUAAAAUGAUCAAAAUUAAUAGCAAAUGGGUUCAACGCCUGAGUUGAAAUCAUUCUGAUACAAGGAGUUCUUUGCUUGAAGGUUUGAGCUUUUGAUAAGUGAUUAUCAUGCAACUUUUUUCAAACUGUUAAAGCAUGCAAGUUCCUAAAAAUGCUGUUAGAUUUGAAAGAAUAAACAAGAACUUGCAUUGAAAUCUGUGUAUCAAUCUUUCUAGUAAUAUAGUUUUGAUACUGAUUUCUAAUGUUCAUGCAGUUCCGUAGAUUGUAAUAUUUCUGACAACAAACUUGGGAUUAACAAUCUCAUUUGAUCAAAACUUGGAGAUUAAGUGCAGGUAGGAUGGUCUGGAAGAUAGGUGGAGUCCAUCUAAUGAGUUUUAUGAAAAUGCUUGUCUUUUGAAGAGUGACACAGGAGAAGUUGCUCAUUAUAAUUGGAUAAAAAUUCAGUAUGGCCCAGCUCAAUUUUAUUUUCCAAAAUUAAUAAAGAUAAAUUUAUUUAUUUUUUU